AUGAACGCCUUGAAACGCUGGUCCUCCAACACGAAUGAUUUGCACCAACACCUAUCCGCACCCGUGAUGCCAGGCAGCUCAAGUCACUCGUCACGGUCACAUCAAUCGUCCCCCCACUUGAAGAGUCCAAACCUGUUCAGCGGCGGAGGAGGAGGCCCCUGGUCUGGAAGCAACUUCGCGUACUGCCAAGGUGGCGGCGGGAUGGGCAACGGCACCGGGGGACGUUCACCUCAUCCAUCCCCAGGACUUUCAAGCCCUUAUAACACCUUACCCUCCAAUGGCUACCCCUUCCCUGAUGUACGAUCAUCGAACGAGUCGGCUCAACAAGGUUCAACCGGCGGGGGUGGUCCCAGGAUCGAUCGCGCAGCACUGCAUCGUUCGCUCUCGGCAUGGUCGACGCUCUUGGCCGCUUUGGACGAUUAUCGAGUCGCUUGCUCGACCAUGGCAAGUGUUGAGAAGUCUCUAGUCAAGGCUUUGAAGGAGAUGGCAGGACAAUUUGGAGAGAAGGUGGAAUUUGGAAGUCGGAAUGAAGCCGUCGGUGAGUGUCGGGCGAGUUUGGGAUUUCCAUCGCCGAAGCGAAUGUACUGAACCCUCGACACCCCGAAUCAGCUACGGGUCUGCUUGCUACCCUUGUACUUUUCGAUGGUCUUCAAGAUGUCGACCAAAAACAUGCCAAGUCUGUGCAAAGGGAGUACGAAGCUCUCAACUCGCUGUCCGCCACGUUCUUCAAGCAGAUAGCGGUGGGUCAUCUUCAAAGGUUUGACUCGACCUCGAAAGCGUAGCAUGGUCAUACUCACAUUCAAUUAUUUUACCUUCCCAAAGAAAGAGGAAAAAUUCCUGGAAGAAAGUCUAACGAUGCUCGACGGCAAGAUGGCCAAAGUCUCUGCCUCCUACGAGCGCUCAAGACCGAUCGGGAACCAUCGCCGCCCCAACUCGCUCGACGACGUCCAUAGUGCGGCCGCAGCGCACGAGAAGUACAUCGCCACCCUGUCGAAUCUUUCAAGCUCUGUCACUGGUGCGAAAACUACUCAUGCCGAGAACACGGGGAACAAGCGAGAUCGAGCGGCACUGGAAGUGGCAAGGGGGCUAUGCCUGCUCGGCGAGGCGGCCUGGAGGAAUCGAGUCGACGCAACUCGCAAGACUGGGUCCAAGGUCGGGAACGUCGUUUUGAUGGGUACCUUUUGCGAACAAAACAUGCCGCCAUUGCCUCCACUUAGCGCGAACAAGGUCGACGGUCUUGGGGUCGGGAUUGGUGCCGUUGGCACACUUGAAGUGGGAGCUGUCCUCGGCCCACGACUGCAUCGGAUCGAGUCAGAGGUGUCGCAAGCCACAAGCUCAGCCUUCACGGAUCAUUCAAGUGGUUCCAAUGCACCUCUCCCAUCUCCCGGGCCAUCUUCCAUAGCCAGCUUCUCUCAAGAAAGGCUCCAUCAAUCCUUGCCGCAGGCACCCGUCGCUUCAAACUCCAACCACUUCGACGGACGGGGCGAACGCUCAGAUCAGCAUCCACCUCAACUAUCGCGCUCGUAUCAGUAUCACCUGCCACCUACGCCCCAAGGAUCCCAUGCAUCGUCACAGUUGUAUCCUUCAUCCACCGGUCCGCCUUCACCUUCGCCCAACGACGACCACGCCGCGCGCUUGAACAAAGUGACCUCUGAAAGCGCCUCGAUGGACGCCCAGCCUCAGCAGCUAGAAGUGUCUGUCCCUCGCCCACCUCCAAUCGCACCUGCGGAGUUAGCAGAAUCCGUUCCACCUGUCCCAUUUACCCAACGGACCGCAGCUACUCGUUGGAAUUCGGCUACUUCGAAUCACGAUCAGAAAUAUCCCUUACCGGCCUCACAUCCAAAUCGAGAGCAAAUCGAAUCCCCCAUGGACCCUAACGGCCCACUCCGCCGAACAGUGCCAGCAGCGACCCAAGCACCUCCACAAUCCCACGAACAACCCGGGAGACCCGUCUCUCGACCCCUUCUGACUCGGAACGAAUCCACCGCGAGCGAACGCAGUUUCGUCGCUCAGAUGAGGGCCAAGUACCUCGAAGAGAAGGACAGGAUGCGUCAGGCUGGUCCGGCGCUGGAAAGGGGCUAUCAUGAAGUUGCUGGGUCGACGAGUGUGAGUCGAAUUUGUGCUUAUGUUCCUUUAUGUCGCACAUCCCACUGAUCUCUCUCAACUGGGGCAGGCAAUUUCGAACUCUCCAGCUUCUCAUCAUCCCCGUUCAGGCUCUCGUGUCUCGCAAAUCGCGCAACGCUACAAUGCCGGGGCUGCUUCUAACCCAUCACCCAGAUUCGAAACGACUUAA